GUUUCAUUUUCUACGAUCAGGACAGGAACGAGCGGAAGACUCGUUUAGAAGGAGAGAAAAGGGAAGAAGAAAGAUCUCCGGCUGCAAGUUAGAAGCAAUUGCAGAGCGCUGCGGGGAGCUAAACGCGGCAUUAAUGGCGGAAGCGCCGGAAAACCAGCAACCAAGCGGGGAGAGCGUUAAGCUCUUCGUUGGCCAGGUUCCCAAAGACAUGACCGAGGCUGAGCUUCUUGCCAUGUUCAAGGAGGUUGCUCUGGUAGACGAAGUCAAUAUCAUCAAAGACAAGGCAACUCGGGCUUCAAAAGGUUGUUGUUUUCUGAUCUGCCCGUCGAGGGAGGAAGCAGAUAAAGCAGUCAAUGCGUGGCAUAACAAUCGAACACUUCCUGGGGCAUCCAGUCCAUUACAAGUGAAGUAUGCAGAUGGCGAAUUAGAAAGGCUAGAGCAUAAGCUUUUUGUUGGUAUGCUACCAAAGAAUAUCUCUGAAGAUGAAGUUUCCGCUUUAUUUUCCAAAUAUGGGACUAUAAAAGAUCUUCAAAUUCUGAGAGGUUCUCAACAGACAAGCAAAGGCUGUGCUUUUCUGAAGUAUGAGACUAAGGAACAAGCUAUUGCAGCUUUAGAAGCAAUUAAUGGGAAGCAUAAGAUGGAGGGUUCAAAUGUUCCUUUAGUUGUCAAAUGGGCAGAUACGGAAAAGGAGAGGCAACAACGGAGGGCUCAAAAAGCUCAAACCCAUGCUUCUAGUGCAUUAAAUACUGAGUCAACACAGCAACCUUCACUGUUUGGGGCCUUACCGAUGGGUUACAUGCCCCCAUACAAUGGAUAUGGUUAUCAGGUACCUGGCAAUUAUGGGCUUAUGCAGUAUCCCCUGCCAACAUUGCAUAAUCAAACCGGCUUCCCUAAUAUGAUCCCACCAGUAAACCAAGGAAGUGCAUUGCGUGGAGUUGCACAGGAUCUUUCCCCUGGUAUAGCACCUAGAAGUUUUCCCAUAGUGCCUUCUGCCAACUAUAUAGGCUCUGCAUAUCCUCCGGUUCCAGGUCUUCAGUAUCCUAUGGCCUAUCCUGGUGGAAUGGUGAGUCACAGGCCUUUGGGUGGUUCACAUGGCUCUGUGCAACCUGAAAUUGUAAGUAGUACCUCAGAAGCAUCUUCAAGUGUCGGUACAAGUUCUGGGGGUCAGGUUGAAGGUCCUCCUGGUGCUAACUUAUUCAUUUAUCACAUUCCUCAAGAAUUUGGUGAUCAUGAGCUUGCAAAGGCUUUUCAACCAUUUGGUAGGGUCUUGAGUGCUAAGGUGUUUGUUGACAAAGCAACUGGUGUUAGCAAAUGUUUUGGCUUCGUGAGUUAUGAUUCACCAACAGAAGCUCAAUCUGCCAUUACUAUGAUGAAUGGACGCCAAUUGAGUGGUAAGAAGUUGAAGGUACAGCUUAAGAGAGACAACAAACAGAACAAGCCCUAUUGACUUUGGGCCAAAAGUGACAGAAGGAAGCAGGGUUCUCUACCAUAUAUGGUGAUGUGCAACCUCAGUCUUUGGGAAUUAAUUCCUAUCAGCCAGAGUGGGGGUGGACUGGAGAUAUUAACUCUUAUAUAUGUUACUCCACCCAUCAUAUCUCCAGGUGGGAACUGUUUGUUGCUUCGAGGGCUUCGAAUUCCUGUAACUUGUUACAAUUGGUGUAUUCUGCACCAUAAAAAAUUGUAAUUUAUGUAUCAUGGACAUUCAUUUAGACAUUAAUUAUUAAUUUAUUGAUUUUCCCUUGACAUCUCUUGGUGGUAGAUUGCCAGUGGCCAUGCAUAGAUGUGGUUGUUUCUGUCUUUUGAAAAUUUUCCUUUAUUUGUAACUUUCACUGACCAGCAAUAGUUUUUAAUCAUUAAAUGUCUUUUUGGAAAGUAGAAUUUUCCUGUGCAGUAUAUAUUUAGAUUCUGGAUGUCUGUUUUCUCCUGUGUUGUGUGAGCUCACAUAUGGACUUUGCUUUCUCUUCUUCCUUGAUGUAUCAUUUGUUUCCCAUAUCUAUGUGGUGUACCUGUGGGGUUGUUGGAGAUCUUGAGUAGCCGUCACAGGCAUUCUUCCUGUUCAAGCAAUGUCCUUAAAUGGGUGUUUCAAAGUCCAAAGUAUGUGAAGUGGUCUGUUCAUCAUGUUGUUUCUGUUGAGGACACGUUUUGGUUUGCAGUGGCUCUUCAGGAGGGGUUGCCUUCUCUGUAGUGUUGAUAUGGCAGAUGAUUCAGGAGUUAUUGGUUGAGGGAAUUUCUUCUACUCUACCUGCUUGGGAAGGGAUGAUAUCGAUCAUGAAUGCUGAACUGUUAUGAAAAAUUGAAGCCACUGCUGGAACCCAUAUUGGCAUUCAAGAUGGCUACUGUAGCAUAGUGAAUAGGUUCAGGGGCAUCUACUUUAUCUAUCUUGCCUGUUGCUGUUUCAGACUUAAUUGCAGACUAGUAAAUGUUCAACCUUUGGCUGUGGAAAUAAAAGUUCAAUUUGGAAUCACCUCAGAAUAUGUUCAAGCUAAAGAUGUCCAUAACAAGAGUACAAGCAAAGUGAAAUUACAGGUUAAGAUGGCAACACUGAUAGACAUGACUUCUAUUUCAAAGCAAGCAUAGUGUGGCCCAAAGAUUUGCAUGACUGGUACAUCUCUUAAAGAGUGCAACUAAGGGUCCUAAAGAAAGGGGAAUUUGCAUUUUGUGAUAUCUGAACUCUCCAUUUUAGAUUUUAUGUGGUUUGUUGUUGCAAUUACAACCAUCAUCUGAUGAAGAUACUGCAUUAGAUGAACUUGAUGGGGAGAUGUUCCCAAUACACAGCAAUGGUGUUCUAUGGGGCAAGAACAGUUUGAGUUGCCGGAUGGGCUACAGAUCCAGAGUGGAACUUAAUGGGUUCGGAUCUGCUGCUGGCUUGCGGUUCUCCAUCUGAUAUUCUUUUAUCACAAGAAUUUUUCUUUCUCUGGAAGUAAAUCACAAGAAUAUUUUAUUUUUCAGUUUCCACUGUACCUCUCUAAGUUUGAGUUGGGAUCUGCUCCCAUCAAAACAUGGUUAUGGAUGA